AUGCCUGCAGGACGACCACCAAGUGAUAUUGAUCAAUAUAAAGAAGAGAUAUCCUCCAGCUUUUUGAAUGGCCAGAGCGCAUCCAAUAUUACUAAAAUACUGUCUGAUAAAUAUCAGAUUACUGUUCAUUCUCAAACAAUUCGAAGGCGGCUUCAACAAUGGGGUGUCUCACGUACGAAUCACGAAUCCAAAGAACUAGAGGAUAAGAUCAAAGAACUAUAUUUCCAACAUGGUUUACGUGACCGUCAAAUCAUCCAUGCCCUAGAAAAGAAUGGUAUAAAAAUAUCCCAGUCCACCCUUACAACAAUUCGGCGUAGGCUUGGGCUUCACCGUCGGGUUGUCAACCCAGAAGAUAUUCAAAAUAUAAAUGAUCUUGUCAGGGCGGAAGUUCAGAAACAACUCAACAGUGGGCGUAUUGAAGGCUAUGGGCGAGGCCCUCUCUACCGAUUCUUUCGACUUAAGGGUUAUAAUAUAGCCCGCGAUCGACUAUAUAGUAUAGUUCAGGAACUUGAUCCGGAUGGGGUCAAGCGUCGAAAGAGUGAUGUCUACCGGCGACGAGGGGAGUAUGUAGUUCCUGGCCCAAAUUAUAUCUGGUCUAUGGAUGGCUAUGAUAAAUUAUCCUUCUGGGGUAUACAAAUAUAUGCUGCGAUCGAUGCUUUCUCUCGAUAUAUCACUUGGUGCUAUGUUGGUAUCAGCAAUCGCACUCAAAUCAGUGUACUGCGACAGUUUCUUGAAGUGCUUCAGGAAACAAAAAUCCAGCCUCGCUAUAUACGCUCUGAUAAAGGGGGCGAAACAGUUCUAGUUGCAGCCGCACAUUAUCUACUGCUAAAAGAGCAGUAUGAGAAUCUCUUUCUUCAAGACUGUUAUUUAUAUAGUACAAGCACAUCAAAUCAGCGAAUAGAAGCUUGGUGGUCACAGCUUACAAAAAGCCUUCUCUUUAUUUUUCGGGAUUAUUUCCUGAAACUCAGCAAUGAUGGAUAUUUCAAGAAAAAUAGCCUUGCAGAUCGAAUUGCGAUAUUAGCAAUAUAUAUGCCUAUGGCUCGUGAAGAGAUUGCUUCUUAUAUUAACGUAUGGAAUACGCAUGGAAUCAGAAAGCAGUCUCAUCGCAUUAAUAGUAUCAAUGGCCAACCCAACGUUUUAUAUCAUCUGUCAGAAGACGGUAUACAGGAUUAUGGAUCAAAGCCUGAUCAAGUGGUAUUGCAAACAUUGCUUGAUGAGCAUAAUUUUGAACUUGAUGAAUAUCUGCCGCUAGAUACUUUGAAUUGGUGUCAACAAAAGUUGCAGUCUCAGGGUUUUGAAAGGAUUAAGCUUGAAGACCUAAAUGAACAUGGAGAACGUACGCAUUUCAUUGCAUAUUUGUAUCUCCGGGAUCAAAUUAAUCUACACAUCGCAAUACAAUCAGAGCCCCAGCUCAGGGGAGUGCGAGAAGCCAACCCAAGAGGAGCUACAUUUGCAACAGGAUUUACAGGACGUUGCUACUGA